AGUGAUGAAUGUGAUCACGGUGGAGGACUAUAAGCGUCUGUAUUGGCCUAAACUGGAGAGCGCCAUCGAGCAACUCCUGACCCAGACCGCCGGAGACUAUAUCCCCAUAUCCUACGAGCAGAUCUACAGCUGUGUCUACAAGUGUGUGUGUCAGCAGCACUCCGAGCAGAUGUACAGCGACCUCCUGUGUAAGAUCACCCAGCACCUCCACCAGGUGUCCCAGGAGCUGCAGGCGAGUUCUCCAGAGCAAUACAUAGAGAAUUUUAAUGUGGCCCUGGGCCAGUACAUGGGGGCCCUGCACAGCAUCGUCCCUCUCUUCAUCUAUAUGAAUAAGUUCUACAUAGAAACCAAACUGAACCGAGACUUGAAGGACGAUCUCAUCCAACUCUUCACCCGCCACGUGGCCGAGAAGCAUAUCUACAACCUGAUGCCAUUACUGAUAGAAGCUCAGUCCACCCCGUUCCAGAUCACCCCUUCCACCAUGGCCAGCAUCGUGAAGGGACUCUACACCCUGAGGCCCGAAUGGGUCCAGCUCGCACCCACGCUCUUCUCCAAAUUCAUCCCCAAUAUUCUGCCCCCGGCCCUGGAGUCCGAGCUGCAGGACUACGCCGCCCAAGACCAGAAGCUUCAGAGGGACCUCGCGCAGAAUGGAUUCACCAGAAGUGACCAGUACCCCUCACCUGUCAUCCCCAUCCAUCACCUGUCAUCCCAGACCCCUCACCUGUCACCCCGGACCCCUCACCUGUCAUCUCCAUCCAUCACCUACCUCCCAGACCCCUCACCUGUCAUCCCCAUCCAUCACCUGUCAUCCCAGACCCCUCACCUGUCACCCCGGACCCCUCACCUGUCAUCUCCGUCCAUCACCUACCUCCCAGACCCCUCACCUGUCAUCCCCAUCCAUCACCUGUCAUCCCAGACCCCUCACCUGUCACCCCGGACCCCUCACCUGUCAUCUCCAUCCAUCACCUACCUCCCAGACCCCUCACCUGUCAUCCCCAUCCAUCACCUGUCAUCCCAGACCCCUCACCUGUCAUCCCAGACCCCUCCCACACAUCAUGAGACCUUCAGAUGGGAUGAAGUGACAUGUAUGAGCGAUCUGAUUUGUAGCAGUGAAGAGGACCUGUCAUUGUGGGGAGAAGUCUACGCGUACACAAUAUCAGUGCGAUGUCCUCCCGCCGAUCCCUCAGACUGUACAAUGUCACUUUG